GAAAGAAGCGCAGAAGCAUUCAACGCUCAAACUAGUCGACAGUCUUGGCUCGUCCUCCGUGCCGUGUUUAUAUAUAAGUGAACUUUUGUUAAUAUUUCAUUAUAUAAAUAUACAAUAUACAAUCUCUUCAAAUACAAUCGAAAGAGCCUUCAGUGUAAUAUAUAUUUGAUUGUUUAUUUGAAUUUUCAUAUUUUGUAAUCAGUCAAAGAUCUUUAAAGACAAGCAAUUUGAGGUACAAAGUUGGAUCAGCAAAUAAUAUAUAAAACAGUCUAGUGAUGAGAAAGAUAGAAAGAAAAAGAAAGAAAGGGGAAAAAGAGAAAUAACAUAAAUUAUAUUUCGGUAAGAGCUCAUUGAUAAAAAUACAUACAGCACGAAGAAGAAAAAGAAGAAGAGAUUGAAGGUCAAUAGUUUAUAUCGAAGAUAUCAUUAAGAGCACGUGGCACGUGUGGACUUGGAAAGUUUUCGACUACCGGUACAGUGAUCGACAUUGAAUCGAUGGAAACGAGCGCAGGAAGCGCCUCUUACGAUAUUCAUUAUUCGCGAAAUUCAAAAUUAUCGUGGAAAGAAAAAGAAGUACAAUUAGAAGUAUUUAGUAAAAGGAAAGAUCCAAAGUUCAUUAGUCGAAAUGAAUCAACAAAUCGUUAUUCACGUUUUAUCGUUAAGGUGAAAUUAUGGGAAAAUUUUCGCAAAAUAGAAAAAGCAUUUUAAUGAGAUGAAAGAAAUACAAUUAUUUAUUUUAUUAUUUUUUAAUAAAUCUUUAUCCAUUUGCAACAGCGAUGGAAUUGCCAAAGUUUAAAUAUAGUUUACUCGCAGUUUUUAUUCAUAUAUAAUAAUUAAAAUGAACAAUAGAGUAAACGCAAAUCCAAAAAGAUCAUUAAUAUUGAGUUCAACAAAGCUUUCGAUUUGAUGAUAAUAAAGUCGACAAAGGGAAAAAGUAUCCAAUUAAAAUCUUGAUGGUUGUCGGAAGAUGAUGGUUUGUCUAAAUCUAUACUGUCAAUAUUACGAUAUAUAAUUAUUAAUAACGAUGGAUAGCAACAAUGGUCUUUGGAUUUUUGGUUACGGGUCUCUUUGCUGGAACCCCGGUUUCGAGUAUACUAAAAGUACAACUGGUUUUGUAAAAGGAUUUGCCAGACGAUUUUGGCAAGGAAACACAACUCAUCGUGGUACAACGGAGAAGCCCGGUCGCGUUGCUACUUUGGUAGAACAGAAAGAGGGAAUCGUUUAUGGUCGAGUUUUUCAAGUAACAAAUAGCACGGCUUUACCUUAUUUACAAAAAAGGGAAUGUUCCUUGGGCGGAUAUCUCACAAUUAUUUCGACGUUUCACACUCGUGACGGAAACAGUAGCUUUCCAGCAAUUAUUUAUAUAGCCACUAAAGAGAAUCAACAUUGGCUUGGGGAGGCAUCGCUACGUAGCAUAUCAAAACAGAUUACAGAAUGUUCAGGAUCAAGUGGACACAACGUUGAAUAUCUCUUACGAUUAGCAGAUUUUAUGCAUAAUUAUAUACCCGAGGCACAAGAUGAGCAUCUUUUUACAUUGGAAUUGUUCGUACGAUCGAUUAUAAAGGAGCAGAAUAUGUGUUUAACUACUCUAAUGGGAAAUAGAGAAUUCAUCAUCGACCUUGAAAAUGCCGAACAGGAUCAGUUGGAAGCGGAUCGUGAUAAUGCGAAUGUUCACAACGAUGUCAAUCGUGUUAUGGAAAACUCUUUCCAAUAUGCAUCUAGAGUACCACCUCAGACAUUGCGUUGUCUUAAAAUGUAAUAAAUUAAGCGAAAGAAUUAUUUUACAUAACGAUUUAACAACAAUCUAACAGAGAAUGGAGACUUCUUCUUGUUAUGCUUAAUAGAAAGUAAGAAAAAUAAUUACUUUUAUACAUUUGACAAUCAUUUAUUUCAUUAUAAUAUAAUAAAUAAAUAAAUUUAUUCAUUACCGAUAAGCACUGAUAACUUCUGCUUUAUAUAUAUAUAUAUAUAUACAUACAUGCAUACGAGAUAUUUUAUAUAUAUAUAUAAAAUAUUUAUAUACAUACAUACAUACAUAUAUUUGUACAUAAAUUAUAAUUUAAUCAAUUUAAACGAUGAAUAUUUCUGGUAGCUAACAAUUAAAUAUUAAUUCUAAUUUUAUAUAAUCUAUAUAUUGCUUCAAUAUCUUCAAGUUGAAAAUAAUAUUAUUAUUAUACAAGUAUAUAAUUUUGUAUAUCGAUAAAUGCAUUGUACGUCAUCAUAAUGCGAUACGAAAAAUCUUU